UAUCGAACUGCUCCCACCUCUAAUUCGAUACCAAAACAAUUGAAAUCUCCACGUGCGAAAUGGAGCUUAAAAAAAUGAAACCCUUAACAGAUGAUACGGCAGAAUCCCCGCCAGAAACGGUGGGCGGGGAGCAGGCCCGGAAGCGGCGCAAUCCCUUCAACACACAGCGCCUGAAGGAAGAGAAGGAACGCCGCCAGAAGAAGCGAGCACGCCUCAUCGUGCGCAACAUUAGCUACAAAUCUACGGAGGACUCUAUGCGGGAGCACUUUGGGCAGUGGGGCACGCUAGAGGACGUGCAUAUCCUGAAGCGCGGCGACGGCAAGCUGGUGGGCUGCGCCUUUGUCCAAUACGAGACCAUCAACCAGGCCACCAAGGCGAUUCUGCACUCCAAUGGCAAGGAGCUGCUGGGGCGAAAGCUAUUUGUGGAUUGGGCCCUGGGCAAGGAUGAGUACGUGGCCAAGAACCCCAAGGAUGAGGAGCCGGAGGAGAAGAAGCCGAAGGUGGAGGUGAAAGAGGAAAGUGGCGAUGAGAAGGAAGUCAAGGAGGAAAGCGAGGAAGAAGCUGCAGAGGAAGAGGGCGAUUCCGGGGAUGAAUCGGAGGCGGAAUCGGAAUCCAAUGAAGAUGAAGAGGAGGAUAAAGAAUCCGACGGCGAGGCGGACGACGACGAUGAAGAUCAAAAAGAAGACAAAGACGAAUUAAAAUCAAAAUUAAACAUUGAAAAUGUCAAAAAGGAGAAGCAAAUCUCCAACGAUGUCCAACAAGGCUGCACGGUCUUUAUUAAGAACGUGCCCUUCGAUGCCGAGGACGCGGAUCUGCGAAAGGUAUGCCGCAAGUUUGGCUUGGUCAACUAUGCCAUCAUCAAUCGGCAGGCGGUUUCUGGCCACUCCAAAGGCACAGCCUUUGUUAAAUUUAAGGCCAAGGAAUCGGCAGAUCUGUGCCUGCAAGCUGGCACCGAGUUCAAGCUAAUGGAUGAAGUCCUGGAUCCUCAUCCCGCCCUGAGUCGAGAGGAAAUGAAGUCAAAGCAGUCGCAGGACAACAAAAAAGAUGACGCCAAGGACUCGAGGAACCUGUACUUGGCCAGAGAAGGUCUUAUCAUGUCCGGAGCAAAGGCAGCCGAUGGUGUUUCAGCUUCUGAUAUGGCCAAGCGCCAUCAACUGGAGCAGGUUAAGACGCAGGUGCUCAAGAACUUGAAUCGGUUUGUUUCCCGCAACCGCUUGUCCAUUCACAAUCUCCCCCAGAACUACGACAACGAAAAGCUGAAACAAAUGGCUCAGACCUACACUGGUUUCCGGCCCCACGAAUGCCGAGUUAUGAGGGAGCAAAAGAUUACACCGGAGCAUCCGCAGGGCAAGUCCAAGGGCUUCGGUUUCCUCUCCUUCGACACGCAUCAGAGGGCUUUGACAGCGCUGCGGAAAUUGAACAACAAUCCCAGUAUAUUUGGAACCCAGAAUCGCCCCAUUGUGGCCUUCAGUAUAGAGGAUCGCGCCGUUCACAAAAUCAAAGAGAAGCGCACGGAGCGCUCCAAGCUAAGCAAUCCCACAUACCAGAACAAGCAACAGCAGCGCAAGGAGCAACGCCAGCAGAAGCGUAAUGGCCAAAAGGCCAAGCCCCCCGUUCCCCAGACAGACAACAAAGCCAAGCUGCAGAAACACAUCAAGAAACUGGAGGCAUCGCGGGCAGCCAAAGUCGAGGACAAAGCCGCAGAGAAGAUGCAGCCCAGCGAUGUCCAGAGCGACUAUGUGGGCACGGCAGCCAAGCCAGGAACCUCGCUGAAGAUGCGAUCCAAAAAGAAGAUUAUCGAGCAGUCAAAGGAGCACAUGAAGAAGCUGAAAACCGAGAAGCGCAAGCAGAAGAACAAGAAGAUACGGGAAUCGCACCUGGCCGAGCGCAAAGCCAAUAAUCGGCCCAAACAGGGACGAAAGAAGGAAAAGGAUGACCUGCGACCCCUAAUUAAUAAGUACAAGAACAUGAUUAGUGGAAAUCAAGAAGGCGGCGGCGUCAAGGGUGUCACGGGAGGUAAAAUUAAGAAGCCUAAGCGUACCAAGUGGUACACGGAGUAAAGUUCCCAUGUCUUGGUUAAGAAAUGUUAUAGCAAUAAAACUAUAUAUGAGAAAACAAUCCAGGUAAA